AAUCAAACCAAUCUGGGCCGCACAGAAUAAUGCCUAGGGCAAAAGCUCGAGAGGUGGGGAGGCCAGUGGAGUUCAUGUAGCGUUGAAUAGAUGGCCGGAGCCAAGGAAGAUGGAAAUUACUCGAGGAAAAAAAAAAAUGUCGGCGUUUUAGGGAGAGGAGGAGGAGGAGUGUGGGAAAGAAGGAUUGUGAAAAAGCAAGGGCGACUGCUAGAAGCAAGGCCCCAGCCAGUGUACCCCUCUUCCAGUUGAAUCGCGAGUGGCACAGGGGAGGGAUUAGGCAGCUGUCCUUUGCUUGAUUGAUUGAUGCGGGCAAGAUUUUUCGAACUAAAAUGUAGAAACUAAUAUUUAUAAAUACGUUUACGAAUAGCAAUACAAUGUCAAUGCAUAACGGGAUGAAAUACGCACUUUAUACGCACUUUAAUCCAGCAGCAUUUUGUCACGUUAAGUGUAUUUUCGCGCAGCUACCUGUGAAAGCGGCAGCUGAUCCGUCUCAGACACCGCUGUAAAUAUGGCCCUUCUGCUUAACUUCACCAUUGCAAACUCACGUUUUUUUUAAAACAAGGACACUUCACUUGGUGUUGCGACCAGGAAAAGAGUUCAUGCAUGUUACAUUUAGUACACAUUUUGAGGCUGUUAUCGCCUAAUUUAGUGGACAAAAGGAACCAUUUGCAAUUGAUUAGCUAGUAAGCUAACUAGCUGGAUAGUUGCUUUCGUAAAUAAACCAGCUAACGUUAGCUAUUUUGUUUAGCGACCUUGUAUUGAACAAGUAAACGUUCGCAAUAAAUUCAGUUUAAAGUUCUCUGAAACUGAAUUUCUACUUCACUCAAUUGUCUCACUCGGACCGCUUUUCCUUCAUAUGAUUGAAAGCCAAUCCAAUAAUUUGCUUGCUAUUGCUAAACCAUCAAGAAGCUCUACUAGUUGUCUUUGUUGCUGCGAGAAAUGGCAGCAGUCGGGUUUUAACAUGGUGGGUGAGUGCCAUCAGUUAGGACCGUGGACAUUAACCCGGUUUCACGAUAAGACAUGUAUGAUUCGCACCAAUGUCGUAUCCUUGAACACGAACGUCCGCCAACAUGAUGGCUGCCCAGUCGGAAUCCAUAGACAAGUACCUGGAGGGAGAGCAGCAGAUGCUGGGGGCGGAGCAGGCGGACGGUGACGAGGGUUUGGAUGCAGCCUCCAGUCCCACCCCCACUGAGCCCCAGACCCCCAUGGAUGUAGAUAAGGCUUCCAUAUACCGGCAUCCCUUGUUCCCUCUCCUGGCCCUGCUCUUUGAGAAAUGUGAGCAGUCUACACAGGGCUCAGACUGUGUCACGUCAGCCAGCUUUGACGUGGACAUUGAGAACUUUGUCCGCAGCCAGGAGAAAGAGGGCAAAGCCUUCUUCAGUGAGGACCCUGAUCUCGACAAUCUGAUGGUGAAGGCCAUCCAGGUGCUGCGGAUCCACCUGCUGGAGCUGGAGAAGGUCAGCGACCUGUGUAAGGACUUCUGCAGCCGCUACAUCUCCUGCCUCAAGACCAAGAUGAACAGCGAGACGCUGCUGAGUGGAGAACCUGGCAGCCCCUACUCAUCUGGACAGGGUUUCUCCCCCACCAAGAUACAGACGUCCAGCUCUUUCACAGGAACCCUCAGUCCCCAGGGGAUUGUGGUGCCAGCAUCGGCCCUGCAUCAAGGCAACGUCACCGUGACAACAGUCAACCCCACACAGGUUAUAGCAGGUAUGUCACCCUGGCAUACAACAACCACAGGUGGCACAGUCUACCAACCAGUCACAGUAGUCAACUCACAGGGCCAGGUGGUGUCACAGACCCUCUCGCCCCAGACCAUACGCAUCCAGAACACACAGCUCCAGCUGCAGCUCAACCAGGACCUGAGUUUCUUCAACCACGACGACAGCUCACCCAAGAACAAGCGUGGCGUUCUUCCCAAACAAGCCACCAACGUCAUGCGCUCCUGGCUCUUCCAGCACAUCGGGCACCCCUACCCCACAGAGGAUGAGAAGAAGCAGAUUGCUACCCAAACUAACCUGAGCCUCCUCCAAGUCAAUAACUGGUUCAUAAACGCGCGGAGGCGAAUCCUGCAGCCCAUGCUGGACGCCAGCUCUUCGGAGACACCCAAAACCAAGAAGAAACCUCCUCCGAACAGGCCGCUACAGCGCUUCUGGCCUGACUCCAUCGCCACGGGGAUGACCCAACAACAGGUCCAGAUGCCAGAUGGAACCACGGUGAUGAUGAGUGUGGAGGGUCUCCGGAGCCUGACAUCAGACGGUGCCACGCUGGCCGUGCAGCAGGUGAUGAUGGGCGGGCACAGCGAGGACGAAUCAGGAGACAGCGGGGACGAGGACGAUGAUGACGACAUGGCUGGGCUGGGCCUGGACAACAGCGACUCCCUGCAGUAGGACACAGACGUACUGUUCACACAAGCACGAAGACAUACACACUUAAUAACAAACUUUAGUGUGUGUGUGUGUGUGUGUGUGUGUGUGUGUGUGUGUGUGUGUGUGUGUGUGUGUGUGUGUGUGUGUGUGUGUGUGUGUGUGUGUGUGUGUGUGUGUGUGUGUGUGUGUGGUGGUUAAGACCAUCAACUGACCCAUUAUGUAGGUAGGCUGAUAAUGAAUAAGGCGGGCUGAUAAUGAAUUGCAACACACACUUAGAACCAAAUCAGAGCCAUUUUUGAUGCUCUGCUAAAAAUAGGAUGGCUCAGAUUAUGUAUGUACUGUAGAUAGACUGGUGUUGCAUGGCGAGUACACAAUGCAAGUAUACUCUCUCUCGAUCGGUUUACACAGAGCACAAGCACUGGACAUACGGGAUCGCUCCUGAUGUCCCUUUAAUGAAUGGAGUGUGUGUGUGUGUGUGUGUGUGAGGAGUUCGAUUUCAGAAAGCGUUUUUACUACGUCGUCUGCUUGUGUAGGCCGGUGUUUUUCUGUAUAAUAUUACAUUUUACAUUUACAUUUAAGUCAUUUAGCAGACGCUCUUAUCCAGAGCGACUUAAUAUCAUUGUAUGUUCCAAAAGGCCGAGAACGGAAGCAGCCACAACAACAACAAAAAUCAUAAAGUGUUAAACACACUGAAGCUCCGUUACUAAAUGUUGAAUGAUUUCUUAUUUUUGGAUUUAAUCUCUUGUUGGUUGCCAACACUUUCAAGUUGUAUCUGUAAUGGGUUUUUGUUCACUUUGCAUGCCUGUGUUUGACUACAUGUGCCUACUCUGAUUAGGACUGGCUUACAGGCAGAGCCCAUGGUGUACAGGAAGACCCUAUAGGUCCAGAAAAGCCCAUUAGGAAAAUUAAAGUAAAGAGGCUUAUUUUUAUAUACAAACAUGAGAAGUAUGUUUUUUGUUUGGUGUUCUCUUGUUUUGUUUGGAAUGUUUAUGUACAAAAGUUUUGUUAUUGAAACUAGCGGCCCUGUUUUCCAGGGUCCAAUUAAGUUUUCUAAAUAUUGAGGACAAAUGAGAAGAAAAAAAAUUGAUUAUGUCAAAUGGUUUUUAACACGAUCCGAAAAAGCCUUAUUUACAGUUAACUGCCAAAAUAAACCAGUGGGCUCUACA